AUGGCGAAAGUGUCAGAGUUGGUUAAGAGUUGUCUUCUUGAUUUCAACACCUUGAUUUCUUCGGAUGGACUCGCCGGAAAGAUCCAGGAGGUCCCAUUGCAGGCAUGGAGGGACGAAUUGGGUCGAUUACGAGUCUGGGUCGCAAAUAUCGGCGCUCACCAGACUGGACAGUCUUCAUUGGAUUACAGGCUGAGGGAUGCAUCACAUAUCAGCGGUCAGAUCAUGUCGCUCUUGAGGCGAAUAAAAGAGCUUCUUCUAGAUCUCACAGAGAUACUGGAGGAAGAUACAGCUAUGGCUACGUCCGCAGACGAUGGGCCGGAAGAUUUUGGCCAACACCUAACAGAUGAGCACGAGAUGACGGAGAUACAACAAAUCCACCAAGGACUGCUCGAAGCAAUCACCCAGCUCUACCAGAUGUCCAUAAUUAUUCGCCAGCCAGCACAUCACGAUCGGCUCAUCGGGACACAGAAGAACGAUAUCGAGCCAUUCAUCUUCUGGGCCAGGCAACAUGCAUCCCAUAAAUACCCACAUGCAGAUGAAUUGAUUAUAGACCGAAUUAGUUCCAUGAUGGCACGGGGAAAGGCCAUUCUGAGAUACCGUGAGAGACAUCAUUCAAAAUUGAGCCGAGGCAUCGAUCCGGAAGAUGAGCAAUCUACUGUGCUUUCAGAGACAGUUGUUACCGAUGUAUACAACGAGACCAACCAAUGCCACGACAUGGCCUCACAGUCUGGCAUAACACAGACGUCAUAUCGCGACACUCUCCUCGGGGGAACAGAUGAAGGUGGACGGCCAAUACCGCCUAUUCCCAAAGACGGUAUCGAUCAAAGCCCAUUUGAAUGUCCGUAUUGCUUUUAUAUCAUCACCGUCCGCGAUGAUCAAGCGUGGGCACGACACAUUUUCCAAGAUGUUAUGCCUUAUAUAUGCAUCUUUCCUGACUGCCCUACACCCAAUAAGCCAUACGAAAACCGUCGAAGUUGGUACGCCCAUAUUCAGCAGAAACACCCACUUACAGGUACCUCCUAUGACUGCUCCAUUUGUAGGCAGGACUCUCUACCUUCUGUCACGUUCAAGCAGCAUGUGGCGGGACAUUUACAGGAACUUGCUCUCUUAUAUGUGCCAAAUACGAGGAUUGGGGAGGAUGAAAAUCUACAAGCAAGUGCUCUCUUUGAGGAGAAUGGAAAUAUAGGAGAAAAAAGAGCAUAUGGCUCAUAUACACGGUAUACACAGCCCGUCGGCAGUGCAGCUGCUUGCCACCAAGAGGUCAUGUACCCCUCCAACCAGUUGUCCAAUUUGCUUCCUCUCUACGACUUCUUGGGAUGA